AUGUCCAUUAUGAGGGGUAUCUCGACUGCCCGAAGGACCAUUUCCCAUUCCAACUACCGUUCAUUCUCUAGUACACAUGGUCUUAGGAAUGAAGCGCCGCUGGGUGCCCCAUCCGUUCAAAAGAGGCCAAUAGGUGGAUUCCGAGGAGGGAUCAUUGGCUUUCUAUUUGGUUUCUCUUUAGCAUCGUCUUAUGCGGCGUAUCAUCUGCUUGAAGAGUAUCAGCAAGCAUCGGCCGCGCUUCAAGCCAGUGUAGAAGAACUGAAGCUUAGCACCGAAAAGGUCUCUGCCCAUGUCAGACGGAUUGAAGCCGUCGAGAAAGAGCUUAAGGUGCUGACGGAGAAAACGCCGACCAAAGAUGACGUUUCCAAAGUCCGGGCGGAAAUGAAGAAGUUGUAUGAUGGUUUACACGUCGAAUUUCUCGACCUAAGAACACAUGUUUGGGGAAUGCAGCAGGACUUACAUUCUUUGUCAAAGAAGGACUCAACUUCUGUUCGCGUUUGA